AAAUCUUAUAACACUUUGCAAGAAUUCGAUUUACGCGGUUUAGGUCAUAACGUUUUUUUCUAACGGAAUUCUCAUGUUGGACACGUUUAUACCAUCAAAUAUUUGUCGAUCAGAUGAAUUUUGAAUACAAUUGUAUAUUGUAUGAACAAUAUCUGUGACUUUUAAAUACAAAUAAGUUUUUUUUAUUCGUAAGAUAUUAACUUGAUCGAUUAUCAUUAUAAUACUUAAAAUAUUGUAAUAUAUCUAAAAACAAGUGUUUUUCAAUAACUUACCCAAUAUAUAUAUAUAUGAUAAAACUUUAUUAUAAAAGGAUUUUAAAUUUUAACAAUCAUAUUUUUGUGUAAUCCAUACCUCUUUCAACCAUAUCAUCUUGUAAGAUUAAAAUGGGUUUAGAACGUAAAAGAAAAUCAAUAGAUGUUCUACAAAGUUCAGAUAAAAAAAAAAAGAAUAUUAAAAAUGACUCAUCAGAAGAAGAUUCGUCAGAUGAUCAACAGUCUGAACAUGAUAAUGGAGUUGUUGAUGAAGAAAUUAAUAAAGAUAUUCCAACUAAUAUUCGGUGGCCAUGUGAUGACAUUCAAAAAUUACUAUCUCAAAUUGAAAUAUUGCUCCCAAAAAAUGAUGGUAGUACAUUUCGUACAAGAUUAUCUAAAAUUGAUUGGGAAAAGGUUAAGUUUGGUAAAUAUGAUAAAGAUGAAUGUCAAACAACAUGGAUGGCUAUCCAAGAUCAAUUAAAAACAUUUAAAACUUUGGGUGAUCUUGUAAAAGAUGCAAAAAAUCUGUUAGCCACUAAAGGUAUUGAUACUAAUCAAUCAAAGCAAAAUCGUAUACAGAAACCCAAAAGUGCUUAUAUGUUGUUUUAUACUGAUUAUUUUCAUAAGUAUAAAAAAAAAAAUCCAGACAUGAAAUUACCUCAGCUGACACAAAUAAUUGCAGAUAAGUAUAAGUGCUUAUCGCCAGAAAAGAAGCAAACAUUUGUUGACAGAGCUAAUAAAUUAAAGACUGAUUAUCAAGUACUAAUGGCUAAAUCAAACAGUGGUUUAAAAUCUAAAGUAGAAUCAACUAAACCAAAAACUCCUUUUCAAGUAUACUUAGAAGCAAAAUAUGAAAAUUUAGAAGCUCCAUUUGAAAAAUCAGAAGUUCUUAAUCAUUAUAAAGAAAAAUGGGAAAAUAUGUCUGAAAAAAAAAAAUCAAAGUGGAUUAAAUUAGCAAAAGACCGUGAAGAUGUAUAUUUAGGCCAUCUUAAGGAAGACCAUAAAGAUGAUCCUGCCUUUACUAUGCCUACUAAAAGCGCACUUACUAAAGGAGAUAGAAAAAUUUUAGAUUCUCUGUCAGGAAUACCAAAAAAACCACCUGUUAACAAUUAUGGUCUUUUUUCCAAAGAGAUGUUACAAAGUGAUUCUUUAGCUGGAAUUCCACCUAAAGAAAAAAUGGCAACUGUUGCUAAAAAAUGGAAAGAAUUUUCAGAAGAAGAAAAACAAAUUUACACUGAUAAAUUAAAAAUUCUUACUGAUCGUUAUCGGACAGAAUUUGAUGCUUACUUAAAAACACUACCAGAAGAAGAACGACAGCUUGAAAUGAAUAAAGCUAAAGUCAAACCUAAGAAAGUUGAACCAAAAAUUGUUCCACGUAUAAAUGCUAGAGAAGGUAUACCUGAAAAACCAAAAAAAACUGCACCAAAAACUGUAUCCAAAUAUAAUUCGAAAACUAAAGUUUUUGAUGGUGAACCACAAGCUAUUCCUUUUAAAAAACCACUUGAUUUAUUCAAAAAUCACUUAAAAAAUAAUCCUAAGUAUAAACCAAAAAAAUCAUUUGAAACCCAAGCAAUAGCUGAAUGGACUGCAUUAUCUGAUCGUAAAAAGUUAGUUUUUGAAAAUGAAUUAAAGGGUCUUAAAAAGGAAUACAUGAAAAAUUUGAAAGAAUUUUUGGGUUCACUUUCUGCAGAUGAUUUAAAGCUUUACCUUAAACUUAGGAAACCUGAAUUGAUUAAUGAUUCUAAAGAAAAGUCUGAUGACAUGUCUAGUGUAUCAGGUUCUUCAAGUUCAUCUGAAGAUGAUGAAGAAGAAGAAAGUGACGCAGAAGAUGAAGUAGAGAACAGUGAAAUUUAUUAGUUUUACUAAAAUUAAAAUAUAACCUUCUUCUAACUGAGUUGUAUUAGUUUUAUCAAUUUUAUUUAACUCUAUUUGACUCAUUUAUUAUAUAAACUUUUUCACUAUUAUUGAGUACCAAUUUUAUUCAUUUGAUGUUUAAAAAAAAAAUUAAUUAAUAUGUUGCUAAAUGUAUUGUAUAACCUUUUUUUUUUCUUUUUCAUUUCAUUUUGUACAUUCUUGGGUAGUUUUGUACUAUAGUAUUUUAUAUUUACUUAUGUUUAAUGGGUUUUUAUGUAUACACUGUUAAAUAUAAUUAAAAAUUAAAACUAAUUAUUUCUUUAUAAUUUAACAUUCAAAAGGGUAAUAAGGAUAUACUAAAACAUGUUUGAAACAGUAAAUUUUAUAUUCUUUGUUAAAUAUUUACAAAGUAGUUUUUAAAACAGUUUUUAUUUACAUACAUAAUUUGUUAACCCAAAUUGUAACAACUAAGUAAGCU